AUGUCUAAAUCUCUAUUCAACAACCUUCAGCUACUGCCUCCUGACGCUCUUUUUAACAUCAAACAGAGACUUUCAACAGACUCUAGACCUGUGAAAGUUGAUUUGGGUAUUGGUGCAUACCGUGAUGACAACGGCAAGCCAUGGGUGCUUCCUAGCGUUCGUGAAGCCGAAAAAUUGAUUCAGCAAGACCCGGACUACAACCACGAAUAUUUGGGUAUCGCUGGUUUGACCUCUCUUACUCAAGGCGCUGUUAAGGUGCUACUAGGCCAGGACUCUCCUGCCCUAAAGGAAGACAGAGUCGUCUCAGUCCAAUCUCUUUCUGGUACUGGUGCACUACAUAUGGCAGCGAGUUUUUUCACCAAGUUUUGCAAAGACAAGCUGGUGUACUUAUCGGACCCAACCUGGGCAAACCAUAACGCCAUUUUCGAGACCAUGGGCCUGAAGACCGCUUCCUAUCCAUACUGGAACGCUGCUUCCAAGUCGUUGGACCUUGAAGGCUACUUGAAUGCCAUCAAGACCGCUCCACAAGGCUCUAUCUUCGUGCUGCAUGCCUGUGCCCACAAUCCUACUGGUUUGGACCCUAACGAGGAACAGUGGGCUAAAAUUUUGAAAGCCAUUGUUGAACAAGACCAUAUCGUGUUGUUCGACUCUGCCUACCAAGGGUUUGCCUCGGGUGAUUUGAACAAAGACGCCUUCGCCGUUAGGCUCGGUUUGGAAAUGUUGGCUGACUCGGCUCCAGUCAUCAUCUGUCAGUCGUUUGCCAAAAACGUUGGUAUGUACGGUGAGCGUGCCGGCUGCUUCCACCUUGUGUUGCCACGCCAAGACGCCUCUGUGGACACUGAACAUGUCAAGGCCUCUGUCAAAUCACAACUAGCCAAAAUUACCCGUAGCGAGCUUUCCAACCCACCCGCCUAUGGUGCUAAAAUCGUCGCUACCGUCUUGAACAACCCUGAGUUGACCAAGCAAUGGCACGCUGAUAUGGUUACGAUGUCGUCCAGAAUCAUCAAAAUGAGACAUCAAUUAAGAGACAGCUUGGUUAGUCUCAAGACUCCCGGUAACUGGGAUCACAUUGUUGGACAAACUGGUAUGUUUUCCUACACUGGGUUGAGCGCAGAAAUGGUUCAAAGACUAGAAAAAGAACACGCGGUUUACUUGGUAAGUUCAGGUAGAGCUUCCAUCGCUGGUUUGAACAGUGGAAAUGUCGAGUAUGUUGCCAAGGCCAUCAAUGAGGUUGUCAACUAUUUUGGCAGCUCGAAGUUGUAA